GAUCCAAACCAAUACCACCUGGUGUGGGUCUGACUGUCAUUUUGCCUACCUGUGCCUUCCUGAUAUCUGAAUUCCCUGAUUCUCCCACGGACGUGGGGCACCCAAAGGGGCUGGUCUGUGGCAGGUGGCGCUUGCAACAGGAAAGUGGAGAAAUUGGUUUGUUUGACAUCUCCUGACGUCUACGUCAAGCGACGCUAUGUUGAAAAACGUUUUCCUGUGGUCUCUUCAGAUAAGUCUCCUGGGAAUUAGUCUUGGUGGGAAUGUUCUCAUCUUGUCACCAGAAGUCAGUCACUGGCUAAAUAUUAAGAUAAUAAUAGAUGAGCUCAUAAGGAAAGAACAUAAUGUGACUGUCCUUGUUACAUCCAGUGCGCUUUUCAUCACACCAUCAACUAGCCCAUCUCUGACUUUUGAAAUAUAUCCAGUGCCCUUCAGCAAGGAAAAAAUGGAAAGUGUGAUUAAGGACUUGGUUUUGACAUGGCUGGAAAACAGGCCAUCUCCUUCAACUAUCUGGAAGUUCUAUAAUGAAAUGGCCAAAAUCUUUAAGGAGCUCCAUAUGAUGUACAAAGAUACUUGUGAUGGCGUUCUUAAAAAUGAAAAGCUGAUGGCCAAACUGAAGAAAGGAAAGUUUGAAGUACUGUUAUCAGACCCAGCAUUUCUAUGUGGUGAUAUCAUAGCUAUAAAACUGGGAAUCCCAUUUAUCUAUUCCUUGAGGUUUUCUCCAGCCUCUACUUUGGAAAAGCACUGUGGAAAGGUCCCAUUCCCUCCUUCCUAUGUUCCUGCAAUUUUGUCAGAACUCACAGACAAGAUGUCCUUUCCUGACAGAGUCAGAAACUUCAUCUCCUACCAAAUGCAGGACUACAUGUUUGAAAUGAUUUGGAAGUCAUGGGAUUCCUAUUACAGUAAAGCUUUAGGAAAACCCACCACUUUUUGUGAGAUUAUGGGGAAAGCUGAGAUUUGGCUGAUACGGACAUACUGGGACUUUGAAUUCCCUCGUCCAUAUUUACCUAAUUUUGAGUUUGUGGGAGGACUGCAUUGCAAACCUGCCAAACCUUUACCUAAGGAAAUGGAAGAAUUUGUCCAGAGCUCAGGGGAACAUGGUGUUGUGGUGUUUUCUCUGGGGUCAAUGGUCAAAAAUUUGACAGAAGAAAAGGCCAACCUCAUUGCCUCAGCCCUUGCCCAGAUUCCCCAGAAGGUUUUGUGGCGAUACAGAGGAAAGAUACCAGCCACUUUAGGAUCCAAUACAAGGCUGUUUGAGUGGAUUCCCCAGAACGAUCUUCUUGGACAUCCCAAAACCAGAGCUUUUAUCACUCAUGGUGGAACAAAUGGAAUUUAUGAGGCCAUUUACCAUGGAAUUCCUAUGGUGGGAGUUCCCAUGUUUGCUGAUCAGCCGGACAACAUUGCUCACAUGAAGGCUAAGGGAGCAGCUGUGGAGGUGAACAUGAACACUAUGACAAGUGCAGAUUUGCUCCAUGCUGUGAGAACAGUUAUCAAUGAGCCAUCUUAUAAAGAAAAUGCCAUGAGACUAUCAAGAAUCCACCACGACCAGCCAGUGAAGCCCCUGGACAGAGCUGUCUUCUGGAUUGAGUUUGUCAUGCGCCACAAAGGAGCCAAGCACCUUCGCGUGGCAGCGCAUGACCUCAGCUGGUUUCAGUACCACUCUCUGGAUGUGAUUGGGUUCCUGCUGGCCUGUGUGGCAUCUGCUAUAUUUUUGGUUGCAAAAUGCUGUGUUUUUGUAUUUCAAAAAAUUGGUAAAAGAGGAAAAAAGAAAAAAAGAGACUAGAACAAGAAAAGUCCCUGGGUUUGGUAGUCCUAGUACUUAGAGGUACAGAGAGCUGUCAGCUACUAAUCCUCAUGACAUUUUCAAAUAUCCCAUUCCUGUCUUAGCCUGCAUAUAACUCUAGGACGCAACAUAACCACACUUUCUUGAAAGAGCCUCAUCUUUCUUUUGCUAUUUCAGUGAUAUUUUUUAUCUUUUUGGCACAGGGGCACUAUUAAUUUAACAUUUUUUUUUCAGAAUGUCAUUUAAAAUAUAAAGAAAAUGAUAACCGAUAGCAUUACAAAUCCUUGAGAAGGCACACAGGGUAUAUUAAAUUUUAUUUAAAGCCCACUUAUGCAGAUCCUCACAGACCACACAAAAGGAGCAUUGACCACGGGAAGAGAAGAUUCAGCAUCUUCUUUCUAAAUAAGCACCAGCUUUUGUGAUUCUCUAAUGUCACAGAGGAUGAAUUCAGAACUGUGGUGGCAUGUUACAGCAGGAAAACCAUGUAAAACUUGUUAGCACAUUUAAAUUAUAAUGGUGUAUUUUCCUGCUUUUCCCUAAAACAUGUAUCUGUAUAUUCUCAGUGAAUGGGUUUGGUACAAUCUAAAGAAAUGAAGAGGUGAACUGAGCUACCAUUUUCUUCUCAGAUAACAACUACCAACAGUAUCUAAAAGGUUAGUUCUAGAAAAAGUGAAAAUUAAGCAAUAUUGAAAAAUUGUAGUAAUUUCUUAAAUUUUAACUUGGCUUUUUAUGUUAAUCCAUUAUACUUAAAAUUGUAUAGUUCAUAAUCCAUAACCAAUAUUUAUAAUUAAUUGUUUAAUUUUCUGCUAAAAUAAAUACUAAUAUUGAGAUCA